CUGAAUGAAUGGACUUAACGAUCAAAUAUUUUAAAGCGAAUGAUUGAAAAGCGAUUUAGGCGCUUAUUUAAGACAAAUACGCGAGAGAAAAAGCCAAAAAAAAAUUUCGAAAUUUUAACGAUUUUAAAAAUGUUCUUGGAAUGGUUAGUUAUUUGCUGUCCUGUGUUUUUUUUAUUAUCUACCAUUGUUUAUAAAGUUUUCAAGCUACCAAAACAAGAUCUUGGACGUGUGAAAAAGUUGUUGUUUCCUAAUAAUACGCCUGUAAUUAUUGCACAUAGAGCUGGUAAAGACCAGGCUCCGGAGAAUACUCUUCUUGCAAUUGAAACGGCUUAUAAAAAUGGAGCUACAGCAAUUGAAGUUGACUUAUGUUUCACAAAAGAUAAAGUACCAGUGUUGCUUCACGACGACACUCUAGAUCGGACGACUAACGGGACGGGUUUAAUUUGCAAAACAUCGUAUAAAGAUGUGUUACAACUCAACGCUGCAGCUAAAUUUGGUCGUUCUGUUAAAAAUGUGGUUAAAGUUCCAACUCUAAGCGAAGCAGUACAGUUUUGUGUAGAAAAAAACAUAAUCAUUGAUUUGGAUGUAAAAUCAAAUUCUAUGGAAACCGUUGAAACCCUUAAAUUUCUGCAAAAAACAGUUCCUGGGGUGACUGACAUAAUUUUUGUAACAUCAUUCCAUGCUCACAUACUUUACGCUGUUCGACGUCAUUGCCCUGACUUCUUAAUAGGAAUUAUUUGGGAUCCAACAUAUAUUGUGUAUACAUUUACAGGUGACGAAAACUAUAAAGGAUGGGCUGCUCCAAUAUAUUGGUGUCUCGAUAUUAUAUACGGAUUUUUAGUGCAUUCUUUUAUACCAGAUUUUCUUGGAGUCUCUUUAGUAUCAAUUGAAAAAGAUAUGCUAUCAAAAAACUACGUUGAGAAAUGGAGAGCUAAGGGAAUUGAAGUUGCUGCUUGGACUGUAAAUAAGUUAAUAGAGAAAAACUUUUUGCUUCAUCUUGGUGUUCCUAUUAUUACUGAUUCUAUUGAAAAGUUUCAAUGACCAACUUAUUUUUUAUUAAA